AUGAACCAGACCUUUUCUCCAAACGCCAUUCGGCCCAACCCGCCCCUGAGGAAGCCUUCAUCGAGCCCCGCGGCCCUGUCCUUCACGUCCUCUCCCCUGCCCGGCCUCCCCCUGCUGCCUCGGCCAGCAUCCCUGCCGGCAGGUACCGCAGUUUCACCCAUCAACAGGAAUACAUCUGGAUUGUUAGGAUUGGCCCCGCCAGGUUUCUCUGUAUACCCCUGCAACUUCUGUGGUCAGAAAGGGAAUUUCCGAUGUGUGCGCUGCAAGAAGAUGGCUUACUGCUCUGUGAAUUGUCAGACCGAAGAUUGGAAGGCACACAGACAUAUGUGCAAGCCACUAAAUCCAGAGUCUCCAAAAGAGAAACCAAAGGAAAGUUCAUCUUUCCAAGCAAAAGGAGACCAAGUCAGCCUGACGGAGUUGAAGCCUACUCAUUCACCCAGCCCGCAAAAGGUCUAUUUGAAGGAUUUGGGUGUUACUAAAAUUCCCAAGGGAACGGACGUCCAGGCAUCCGUUGUAGAGUUCUACAGUCCUGACAGAUUUUUCAUCCUUGCUCAAAUCCCUGGCGUGCCUGAAACACUAGAAAACAUCAGCACAGAGCUUCAGCAAACGUACAGCCGCCAGUCAGGGACACCAUAUUUGCCAUGUGUUGGGGAGAUUGUCGCUGUUCAGUUUUCCUUCGAUUUGAACUGGUACAGAGGCUUUGUGCAGACUUUAGCUGCAGACCAGAAGAUGGCUAAAAUCCUUUACAUUGACUUUGGCAAUGAAGAAGAUGUCCCAGUGGACAGGAUGAGGCCUCUGGCUGCUAAUAUCAAACCUUUCUGCCCAUGUGCAAUGGAGUGUCGGAUUGUUGGUGUGGUGCCGGUGACUGGCCAAUGGUCAGCUGAAUGUUGUAUUGCAGUACGACGGCUGCUGGCUGGCAAGACUCUUACUGUGCAGUUGAUAGAAACGCCAGAGAACAAACCCAGCCUUGCAGUGGAUAUCCUGCUUUCCCCGGGAAAGCAGCUGAGUACAUUCCUCCUUGAACAAGGAUAUGCACAACAAGAAACGGUCAAAGCAGAGCCAAGUGACAUGAAAACAUCCCUCAUCUCUGAUGAGAAAGAUGACAAUACUUGGGCCCAACCACCAGAGAUGCUCACGCUGGCAGCAGGAGACCAGUUAUCUGCUAUGGUUACCCACUUCCAGUCACCCAGUGAACUGAGUAUGCAGACGUUGGAGAAUGCUGGACUCGUCCAGGAUUUGCAGUUGAAACUGAGGGAACACUGCUCUCAGACUGCAUCUCCAGUGAACUUUAGACCAGCUCCUGGCACAGUCUGUUGUGCUCAGUUCUCAGAGGACAAGCAGUGGUACAGGGUAAAGGUUCUGGCUUAUUCAUCAGAUGCACAGCUCCGUGUCAACUACCUUGAUUUUGGCAACUCGGAGGAGGUGGAUCUAAGCCAGCUGAGACCGAUCAGUCCUUCACUGCUCGCUCUCCCAGUGCAGGCUGUUUCCUGUGGUCUAGCAGGGGUCCAGCCUGUUGGGGAUAGCUGGUCAGAGGACUGCCUUUUAGCCCUUAACCAGUGGGUGAGCAACAGAAUAAUGGGUCUUGAGAUCCAGGAGAUGCAAAAGGGCAAGGCCUUUGUGACGAUGAUCGAUAAAGCCAGCGAUCCCCAGGCCAAUGUAGCAGAGAUGCUGAUCACUGUGGGUUAUGCUGCACAUGCUCCUGUUACGGAUGCUACUUGCCCCCAAGCUGAGAAGAUGACUGCAGAACUAUGUGCGGAUCCCCCUGGGUGUGAGCCUCUGGUUUUGUCCACUAUCGAACUUCCGUCUGAUGGCCAGAGUGUGGCGCUACUCUCCACUUUUAUUGAGAGUCCUGCAGCAUUUUACUGCCAAAUCAACAAUUCCACAGACCACCAGAAACUGAUGGAACUGGGGGCUCAGUUACAGCACCAUUGUGAGUCUGAUGCUGCACCGUUUGUACCCACGGUGGGCGAGCCCUGCUGUGCCCUUUUUCCAAGUGAUGGAGCUUGGUAUAGGGCUAUUGUAAAAGAGUUGUUCCAGGACAAAGUAGUCGUAUGCUUUGUGGACAUUGGUAACAACUUGACAGUGGAAAAAAGCAACCUUCGGUCCAUAACGCCUAAACUUUUGACGCUCCCUUUCCAGACAGUUCGCUGCUGGCUCACAGGUGUGGAGCCCCUGGGAUCAGAGUGGAGCAGUGAAGCUUUGCUUUGGUUCCACUCUCUGGUGGUUGGUGAGCAGGUCUCUGCGCGUGUCAUUUCCGUCACUGAGCAGGGUUACGGCUUGGAGCUGGAGAGCAGAGGACUGAGCGUAGCAGCUUCCUUAAUUUCUGAGAAGCUAGCCAAAGCUCCUGGAGACCCCGCCAUAGACACAAACAUAAAGGUUGGGCCCAUGAGCAAAGAACAAGAGGGUGAAAGAGAGAACGAGCAACGCCAGUUGCAGAUUCAAGCAAUUAAUCAAACAGAAGCCAGUUGUAAAGACACAACCGGAAAACAAACUGCAGUGCCGUCUGAAGACAUAUUUUUCACAGUGGAUUGGAAGACAGUGGAGCUUCCACUCAAUGAGACCUUCCAACCUUGCAUUGUAGCUGCGAUUAGUCCUUCCCUCUACUAUCUGCUCCAUCCCACGCAAGAACCAGAGAAGGUUGAGAAGGUGAUGACUGAGCUGGCUGCCCACUGUAGCAACUAUCAGGGGACUUUAUGCACAACUAUCAAGAACAGACCUGCUCCUGGUGCUGCCUGUUGUGCCCAGUUUUCUGCUGACAAUAACUGGUAUCGUGCUGUUGUUCUGGAAGUUGGUGAGAAGGAGAUGAGUGUCAUCUAUGCAGAUUACGGCAACAGUGAGAUGGUACCGUUCUCCAAAAUCUUGCCCAUCCCUACACACCUGCUGGAGCUUCCUUUUCAGAUUGCUCGCUGCACCCUCACUGGUAAAGAGCACUUUCCUGCAGACUGGCCAGAAGAAGUCCUGCCGAUGUUUCAAACUGAGCUGGUGAAUGGCGUCCUAGCCACCGUCCAGUCCUUCGAUGGCUCUGCCAACAUACUUUCUCUAACCCUGCCCACUGAAAGAGGAGGUGGAAACCUCACUGCCAUGAUUUUGGAUACACUGCAUGCCCACAGUAAAAGCAACGCCUCGUUCGACACCACCAAGAAGAGGGACGAAAGUGGUGGCAACGUGUCUGUGAGCAUUCCAGCUGCACCGGACUGCCACCAUCCUGACUCAGAACCUGGACCUCGAAGUGAGCUGGGAAAUGUCCCUGGACCAAUUGAUGGCACACAACCAACAGCCCAGACCCUGCUGCAGAACAAAAACAUUUCUGCAGAGUCCAUCAAUGGUCCUCAGGCAUCUAGUUGCUGCUGUCAGAGCCUCAAGAAACAGGAAGCUGGUAAUCCACUGACAGGUAGAGGCAGGACUGUGAGCUGGGUGAGCUUCUGGUGGAGGAUUACAGGAGCAAUGGUGUUGAACGCCGAGCUGAUGUCCACGAACAGGAUCCUAGCGUGGCUCAACACCAGCCGCUCAAAGGAUCACUAG